AUGUCCGCCACCAAGACCCCAAUCAUGGAUCUCGAAACAGACGAGGACGGCUGGAUCGGUGGCUCCACACAGAGCAUCUACGCUCCCAAGCCGCAGCCCUCAACACACGCUUCGCCUCCUCCAGCUUCUCCAAACUCAACACACAAACUCUCACCCGUCACCCCAGGACGUCAAUCCUCUACUUCCCAAGACACCAGCUCUCGCUCGUUGCUCGAGCGCAUCGACAUGGCUCACGCUCUUCAGCAGACACCACCUCCCAAAACUGCCACAGACCAUCAACCAGAUUCCAAUUCCACCGCCAAACCAGCUUCAACUCCUUCCCCCACUUCGAAAGCUGCCGUAUCCCCCUUUCGCACAACGCCCUCUCAAGGCAUCCGCAGACCAGGUGCCAAACUACCCUCGCCACUACCUCUCACCAGUCCUGCUCGCAACAACAGCUCCACCUCGCCCCUCAACACUCGCACUCCUCUCAGUGCCUCGCAUCCCAUCCCCGAAACGCCGCUCAAGCUCUCGCAGCGAGGAGGUCCUCAGACACCCGCCACUCCACACUAUCCUGCCUAUCCUCAUUCCACCCCUGCUCAGACGGGAGAAGCCGCUCGCGCCAGCGGCCUGGGUCUUGGCCUCACUCCUUUGAAAGCACCCGUACCUCUUGCACCCAGUCCAGACAACGUUCGCAGCCCACUCAACGAAGCUCUGAAUCUACGUGGCCGGGCCGCCUCCAAUGCCUCUAUCGGCUCGCCUCUCAAAUCUGGCCGCAGCGAUCUGCAUUCCGAGCCACUAGGUUUCGGCUCCCAUUCCUCCAACAACCAAGGAAAUGCCCAGAUCGAUGCCAUGCUCGACCGCGUCCGUAACACACGCUCCGGUCUCGGCACAAGUGCCAGCAUGUGGGCACCCAAACCUGCUUCGUCUUCCGCCACCAAUGACAGCUCUGGAUCCCAAGCUUCCGGCUCAACAACCUCGCACACCAUCGGCUCCGGCUUCUCCUCCAGCAAUCUGCUUGGCGUUCAGACUGGUCUCGACCGCAAACGACCUAGUCACCGUCCCAACGGUCUACAACUCAGUCUGGGCCAGGAGAUCAGCGUCAUGCAGGAACUCGAGGAAAGAGCUGAAGAGGACUACCCUGCAUCUACACAGUCCUCUGCAACGGUGGCUGGGUCAUUUAGGAUCGAUGGUCCAGAUCAUCCAGCAGAGUAUGACGACGAUGGCGACUGGAAUGGGAACGUCGUUCCUCCAACGCCUGCUCUUGGUUGUGACUCUCCAUCCUCUGACCAAGACAACGGUGCGCAUGGCAAAGCGCCUUCCCGCAGUCUCGAUGCUUUUGGCUGGGGCUCUCACGCAUCCAACGAGCCUCGCAAGGCCUCGCUUUUCUCCAAUCUGCCCUCUGCCUCUACGCUCGAGGUCAACUGGAGUGGCGACGACGACGACGAACACAAGGACGAUGUGCAGAUGUUCGAAGACCUCCAGAACCGCGCCAAGCAAUCAAGCAAGGAAAGACGGGCGCACAACUUGAAUCCCCUUCCCCCGCCUACGAUCGAUUACGCCAAGUCGCGCACGCCGUCUCCAACACAUCGCAUGCUCGCCAAGUCGCCACAGCUCGAUGGUCCUGCCGACCACCACCUGCAGAAAUCGCCUUCGUUGAGUGCGCCAAAGCUCGGUACGUCGCCGUCCAAGUCGAAUGCGGGUGCCCUGCUUGCGAAUGAUCAGCGUCCCUCACCGGCGAUAGCACGCUCGCAGUUGGCGUCGGACGAUUCGGACGGAGAUGCGGAUGUCGAGAACGACAGACCCAAAGGCACGAGGGAACGGAAAGUGGGCAAGAAGCAUGAUACCAGCAGUGUCGCAGCCGGGGAGGAGCCGAAGUCCGACAGUCUACAGGUAGAGCCAGGCACCCUGGAGAUGAAGCGCUCGCUCAAGAGGGACAAGUCGGAACGCAUCCGUGGCCGGAGAGCGAGCCAGAGCAAGGACAAGGAUGUGGACAAGGUCAAAAUGUCGGCAGCUGUCGAACCUUCAGCGAGCACCAACGCCAACACAACGACAGCUGCUACCGUCUCGCUGCCCACGUCGACCUUUGCUGGAAAGAGCAGCGCGACGACCGCAGACGAGUUGACGCGUCGACUCGACAAGGUGGCUCUGGACCAAACCAAAUCCGACAAGCCCGCAGCAGUGUCCAAGGCAACAGCCUCGGAUGGCUGCAAAGUCGAUGUGCAACAGACCCCCGUUGCCAACCGAGUGCAGAGCAUUCCGACGAUCAAGGACGAUCUCUUUUCGUCGCCUGCCGAGCCCAAAGUUGGCUUGCCUGGACAGCAAUCCGAUCCAACGUUGGCCGAGCCUGGCCUUGUCGCUGCUGCUGCCCCGACUGGUGCGCAAACGGAAGGAGAGAAAGCCAAGGCGAAGGACUCUGUCCCAGCGACCCCGGAGCCGACUCAUCAGAAGAUGGCGUCGCUAGACUGGGCGGCGGAUGACGAUGAGCUUGACGACGAGCUACCCGACCUCGACGACUGGGGUGUGACGCUGUCGCCGUCCAAGCCUAGUGCUGCUCCAGCUGCUCCAGCGCAAGUCGAGAAGGACAAGGGUACUCAAAAACCCGGCCGCAACGGCACAGGUAAAGCAGACAGCGGCGGUGAGGACAAGACUUGGCGCAGGGCGGAAGGUGUCACGGGCAAGAGUCGGUCCAAGCACGCAGCGUCGAACGAUCACAACACCGGGGCGCGCAAAGUGAGCGGUGGGCACAAAGGUGCCGCGAGGGAGCUCUUCCCGUCGUCCGCCCACAAGGGCGGCGCCUCGAACAAUGCCGACAAUGGGUCGCUCGGGAUCCGCAUUGCCGGCCGGGCCAAGUCGGCAAGCUUGUCGCCCGAGCCCGAGUCCGCACAUGCGCAUGCCAAGCUGCCUCCUCCUGCCCGCACACCCUAUGGCCGGUGGUCCAGCAAGGAGGACGUGUCGGCCAAAGCGCAGCCCGCGGGAAGGCCCAGGAUCGCCGCCGACCUGGGUGCCCUGGCCAAGCUGCUCACGCCGGUCGAAGAGGCGUCUGCUGCGCCGCCCAGGGGUCCAAAGGCAGGCGCGACAGAUAGAGCGAAGAAGGGCCCCAACGGUGCAGAGGACGGAGCGAAGAAGGGUCCAAAGGCGACCGGGUCGGCAGCGCAGAGUAUGCACGCUCCGCCUAGUGUUGCCGAUAGCUUGCACGCUCCGCCACAGGCGAAGGCGAAGUCGGCGCCGAGUGCGGCAUCCGCAGCUCGCGGUGCAGCUGCAGGUACAGGAGCCGGAAGCGGAGGUGGAGGCGGAGGGAAGAAAAAGACUCAUCACGGAGGCAAGAAGUAA